UUUAAGCUCGCGGCGGCCAUUUAGCGCCCUUUGCGGCGGCGGCGGCGUGUGGUGGUGGGCGUCGUCAGCAUCUGCCGCCAUCCGCCGUACUGGGCCGGCGGGAGCGAGGGAAGCUGUGUGCCGUGCCAGCAGCUAAGAAUUGAGCUGUGGUAGAGGCGGUGAAUGAUGCUGAGCUACUAACUGCAAACUGAAACAUGACUGAUACAGAUGAAUCCCAGGCUUCUGGCUCUGAUUACCCUGAUGCCCAAGCACUGGUGUGCAGUCGGCAGAGAGAACCAUAUAAAGUACACGCAUGUGAAACAAAUACACAAAUAGAGUGUUCACGUUCAAGGUCAAAGAAUGCUGCUCCUGAGGAGUCUUCAGAUGAGCAUAUCAGUAUAUGUAAAUCAUCAGCUGAGGUUUUCCUGGACAGAAGUGAUUCAGAAACUGGCAAUGAAUACCAUCCUGAGCGCUCCACUGUACCUUCAAAGCAAAAAGAGAGUUCUCGGCCUUCAAGGCAACAAGCAGGAUCUGUUGCAGGAGCGCCUGACGAUGAAAGUUCAGAUUCUUCUCUGUCUCCUCGAAGUCCAGUGAAAUCAUCGGACACUGAAAAGCAGAAGUCAAAAUUCAAUUUGAAAGCCAUUUUCGCCUAUCACUUCAGGGGAAAGAAGUUUAAGGCUGCUGCACACCGAAAAUACAGGGGUGGCUCAGGGAAGAAAAAGAAAAAGUACGAGAGCACACAGAUGCCUACGGGGAGGCCACCACUAACAGCCUCGCUACAGGAGCAGAAGAGGCGGCUUCUAGAUAGAGGUUUUCAGUUCCCUUUUGUGGAAAAAUAUUAUGGAAAGAAACACAUUCCCUUAAAGAUGGUUCUUGGCUAUGAGCAAGCAGCUGCAAAGGGAUAUUUCCAGUACAUUGAAGUGCUUAAAUAUGAAGAACAUCUCAAAAAGGCUUUACAAGCCCUUCAAGCUAGUGAAGACUUAGAAAGAGAAUGUCUGGCAGUACGGAAACACAAAUAUUUAGAUGAUGAAGGCCCCAUUUCCCCUAUCCCGGAGACUAAUGAUGAUGAUGACAGCUUGAAUUCUGAUAAUCAAGAAGACUUUGAUGCCAGAGUAGUGGAGAACAGCUCUUUCAUUAUAAGCAGCAAAAUUCCCAGUAAGAAAAAAUCAAAGCCAGAAAUGAAACGUGCUAAACCAAUUGAAGUGAUCGAGGUAGAGGAGGAAGAAGACUGUGCUGCUGAGAACUCUGGGCAUCUGCAAGGUUCACCUCAGUGAAAAGAAAACUAACAAAUGAGGUGGCAGUGGUCACUCUUCAGAUGUCUUUUUUGUGGCCUACUCAGUUUAAAACACUGGUCUGAAGUCAACAUUGAGCUAUCAGCCAAGCAACCUAGUCACCUUUGGUUUAAGUUUAUGUUGCUUUUGGAAGACGAAAUACUGCUCAGUUUUCUUGACGUGCAAGGUGAACACACCAGCUCUGCAGCAGUAAGCAGUUAUAACUUUCUUGGAGCGCUUGAAUUCUUACGUCUGUUUGCUGGCCUCCUGAUGUACUAAUCUGUUACCUCGGUGGACUUCCGUGGAAUGCGUUAGUGA